CGCAAGAAGAAAAGCCACCCCUUCGUCCCCCUCCCCUACCUCCCAUCCUUUGCCCAGGAGCUGCCUUCAUCGCAGUCACGCCCCUUCCUUCCUAGGAGCUUUCUGGCUGCCCAAGCUGGUAGACCCCUGAUUUAUUCCUCCAUCUCCGCUCUCUUUUGCCUCAUCUUCUCUUAGUUCUCACCGCCCCCUCCACCCCCACCUCCAGGCUGUCUCGCCUUCGACCAUCCGCUGCUCCACCCUCUGGCCCGGUAUCCUGCCUGUCCACUGCCACCAAGAAGAGCCCGGACGGAGCAGUAAGGAGGGGAGCAGCCGGGAGUCGGGGCUUCCCCACUGCCCAUCCCUGGCCUCCGGCCCGGGCCCGAAGCCACUUGAACGAGCAGAGAAUCGUCACCUUGUCUUCGUUGCCUUCAGGGAGCUGCUGAGAAGGACAAAUAAGAUAACAGAAGUGCAAGAGCUUUUGUCUCCUUAGAAGAAAGGCUGAGAAAUUAAAGAGUGACCAGUGGUUGGACUCUUGGCGGCGCUUACCCUGAACCUGAGUGUUAGGGGAGAGGGAAUCUGCCGUUGCGGUUUCUGGAGCUGCUCAUAAGCAAGAAUUCCCUAUCCUGAUCAAGGCUUUAAGCCUAAAAGAAAGCAGAAAUAGGUCAAGGGCAGCCCAGGUGCCCAAUUUCUCUCUCUCUUCACAAGGCACCACCAGCAAUAGAGAUGAGAAAUUCUGAAGAACAGCCAAGUGGAGGAACCACGGUAUUGCAGCGUCUUCUACAAGAGCAGCUUCGGUAUGGCAAUCCUAAUGAGAAUCGCAACCUGCUUGCCAUUCACCAGCAAGCCACAGGGAAUGGCCCUCCUUUCCCCAGUGGCAGUGGGAACCCAGGCCCUCAGAAUGAUGUGUUGAGUCCCCAAGACCACCACCAACAGCUUGUGGCUCAUGCUGCUCGACAAGAACCCCAGGGGCAGGAAAUCCAGUCAGAAAACAUCAUCAUGGAGAAGCAGCUUUCCCCUCGAAUGCAGAAUAAUGAAGAACUCCCAACCUAUGAAGAAGCCAAGGUCCAGUCCCAGUACUUUCGGGGCCAACAGCAUGCCAGUGUUGGAGCUGCCUUCUACGUCACUGGAGUCACCAACCAGAAGAUGAGGACCGAGGGACGCCCAUCAGUUCAGCGGCUCAAUCCUGGGAAGAUGCACCAGGAUGAAGGACUCAGAGACCUUAAGCAAGGACAUGUCCGCUCCUUGAGUGAACGACUAAUGCAGAUGUCACUGGCCACCAGUGGAGUUAAGGCCCAUCCACCUGUUACCAGCGCUCCCCUCUCCCCACCACAACCCAAUGACCUCUACAAGAAUCCUACCAGUUCCAGUGAAUUCUACAAGGCCCAAGGGCCACCUCCCAGCCAGCAUAGCCUGAAGGGCAUGGAACACCGAGGCCCCCCACCAGAAUAUCCUUUCAAGGGCAUGCCACCCCAGUCUGUAGUGUGCAAGCCCCAAGAGCCAGGGCACUUCUAUAGUGAGCAUCGUCUGAACCAGCCAGGGAGAACAGAGGGGCAACUGAUGAGGUAUCAGCAUCCCCCUGAGUAUGGAGCAGCCAGGCCAACGCAGGACAUCUCAUUGCCGUUGUCAGCCAGGAACUCUCAGCCUCACAGCCCUACUUCUUCCCUCACAUCUGGGGGUUCCUUGACCUUGCUGCAGUCUCCACCGUCCACUAGAUUGUCACCUGCCCAACACUCCUUGGUUCCUAACCAAGGAGACCACUCAGCUCACCUGCCUAGGCCGCAGCAGCAUUUCCUUCCUAACCAGGCUCACCAGGGAGAUCAUUACCGUCUCACCCAGCCUGGCCUGAGUCAGCAGCAGCAGCAGCAGCAGCAACACCACCACCAUCACCAGCAGCAGCAGCAGCCACAGCCACAGCCGCAGCAGCCAGGAGAAGCCUAUUCAGCUAUGCCUCGGGCUCAGCAGUCAUCUGCUUCUUAUCAGCCAAUGCCAGCAGACCCUUUUGCCAUUGUUUCCAGAGCCCAGCAGAUGGUUGAGAUUCUCUCAGAUGAGAAUCGAAACUUGCGGCAGGAGUUGGAAGGAUGCUACGAGAAGGUGGCGAGACUGCAGAAGGUGGAGACAGAAAUCCAGCGUGUCUCAGAGGCGUAUGAGAACCUCGUGAAGUCAUCCUCCAAAAGAGAGGCCCUGGAGAAAGCCAUGAGAAACAAGCUCGAGGGCGAGAUUCGGAGGAUGCAUGACUUCAACAGGGAUCUGAGAGAGCGUCUAGAGACUGCCAACAAGCAGCUUGCAGAGAAGGAAUAUGAGGGGUCAGAGGAUACCAGAAAAACCAUUUCUCAGCUCUUUGCAAAAAAUAAGGAAAGCCAACGGGAGAAGGAGAAGCUAGAAGCAGAGCUGGCUACUGCCCGUUCUACCAACGAGGACCAAAGGCGACACAUCGAAAUCCGAGACCAGGCCCUGAGCAAUGCCCAGGCCAAGGUGGUGAAGCUGGAAGAAGAGCUGAAAAAGAAGCAGGUGUAUGUAGAUAAGGUGGAGAAGAUGCAGCAGGCUCUUGUACAGCUCCAGGCAGCAUGUGAAAAACGUGAGCAGCUGGAGCACCGUCUUCGGACACGACUGGAGAGAGAACUGGAAUCUCUCAGAAUUCAGCAGCGCCAGGGCAACUCUCAGCCCACCAACGUUUCAGAAUACAGUGCCGCUGCACUGAUGGAACUUCUUCGUGAGAAAGAGGAGAGGAUCCUGGCCCUGGAAGCUGAUAUGACUAAGUGGGAGCAGAAAUAUUUGGAGGAGAAUGUGAUGAGACAUUUUGCUCUGGAUGCUGCUGCAACUGUAGCUGCUCAGAGGGACACAACAGUCAUCAGCCACUCUCCUAAUACCAGCUAUGAUACAGCUCUAGAAGCUCGCAUCCAGAAGGAAGAGGAAGAAAUUUUGAUGGCAAACAAGCGUUGCCUUGACAUGGAGGGCAGGAUCAAGACCCUCCAUGCCCAGAUUAUUGAGAAGGAUGCCAUGAUCAAAGUACUCCAGCAGCGUUCCCGGAAGGAGCCAAGUAAGACAGAGCAGCUGUCAUCCAUGCGGCCAGCGAAGUCUCUGAUGUCCAUUUCCAAUGCUGGAUCAGGCUUGCUCUCCCACUCUUCCACCCUGACUGGCACUCCCAUCAUGGAAGAGAAGCGGGAUGACAAGAGCUGGAAGGGGAGUCUAGGUAUUCUCCUAGGUGGAGACUACCGUGCCGAGUCUGUCCCUUCCACACCCUCGCCUGUGCCACCCUCGACUCCUCUGCUCUCAGCUCACUCUAAGACAGGCAGCCGAGACUGCAGCACCCAAACUGAACGGGGAACGGAACCCAACAAAACUGCAGCUGUUGCUCCAAUCUCUGUUCCUGCUCCAGUUGCUGCUGCUGCCACUGCUGCCGCCAUCACUGCCAACGCUGCCACCAACACUGCCAUCGCUGCCACCAACACCACCACCAUGGUAGCUGCUGCUCCAGUUGCUGUUGCUGCUGCUGCUCCAGCUGCUGCUGCUGCCACUGCCACCCCGUCUCCAGCAACUGCUGCUGCUGCUCUUGCCGCUGCUGUUUCUCCAGCUGUUGCUGCUCAGAUUCCAGCUGCUGCCUCUGCUGUUGCUGCUGCUGUUGUUGCUCCUGCUGCUGCUGCUGUUCAAGUUGCUCCAGCUGCUCCGGCUCCGGUUCCAGCUCCGGCUCCAAAUCCGGUUCCGGCUCCGGCAGUGGCUCAGGCUUCUGCUCCGGCUCAGACUCAGGCACCAACUUCAGCUCCGGCUGCGGCUGCUACUCCAGCUCCAGCUCCAACUCCAGCUUUGGCUCAGGCUGAGGCUUCUGCAAGUCCAGCUGCCGGUUCUGGACCACGUCGUUUGUCUAUACCGAGUUUGACCUACAAUCCAGAUAAGACAGAUGGCCCUGUUUUCCACUCCAAUACUCUGGAAAGAAAAGCUCCCAUUCAGAUCCUGGGACAAGAGCCUGACGCCGAGAUGGUGGAAUAUCUCAUCUAAAUGGCCUAAUCAAGAGCUGCAGUUUAUCAGCAAGAAUGCUUUUAAUCAUUUUUCCCUUUUGUUUGUUCUUAUUUUGAGGGUGAGGACAAGGGUUGGGGGGGAUUUUUUUAAAGGGACUUUUUAUUGAAACGAUAUAGUACUUAAGUAAUACCAUAUGAACUCCAGUCUAUUCUGGUACACAUAGAGAGUACCUCUAAAGACAGAUUAAUCAGAAUGUGCUCUAAAGUUUAUUGUUUGGAUUUAUACAAAUACUGGGACUGUUAAUAGCUGGAUAUACAUCAAUGUUUUCAAUGUGCUUAAAUUUGUUUAGCAUUUCUAUAUUCCAGAUCAUUCUUUUUUGAAGAGCACAGUAUGUUUGGAAGACAGUGUAUAACAUGUAGUUCAGAAGUGGGAAGCCGGAGAGAAUUUGUGCGUCUGCUGUUUUGUAUAGUUACCAUCUAGGCAGCAUCCAGAGAGAGCUCUCAUCGUGGGCUCGUGAAAGGGAAUAGUUUUAGGAGCUCUGUAAGCUGGAGAAAAGGUAGGGAGUAUUUUGGUGUGGAAGGGUGCCGGAGCUAAUUUUCCCUCCCAAUUUCCCAGCUACCCUUUGCCAGGGGAUUGUGUUUAUCUUCAUUUCAGUGGUGCUUUGGAAGUGGAUUAUUUUGGUUCCCUUGUGGAGGUUCAUACAUUCAUAUAUAUACUCUGGAGUAAUUUAUGCAUUUGGAUAAUUAAUAUAUUGCUUUCAGAUGCUAGGAGAGUAAAUUAGCUGAGUGAUGUACAGCUUCCUCUCUCUUAGGGAGUUAGACCAUCAGCGGCCUUGAUGGAGAGUUGCGUGAGGUGCUGUAUGCAGACUUUUGUCGUCUGUGUAUAGCCAUGAACACAGCUUGCUUGCCUUUCCUGAGACCAAUCUGUUUAGUGUCUGUUUCUUCUCCAGCACAAGUUCACUGGUUGUGUCACUAUUCUCAAACUGCCUACCAUUUGCAGAAUGAGGAAGCAUUUUUGUUGACGGGUUGAAUGCUUUGAAUUUCUGGUGAACUUUGAAAUAACUCAUUUUGUUUUCCCAAAUUCUUAGCAUACGUCUUAAAAGGCAUAUUUGACUAUAACCUCCAAGGGAAUAGCAUCAAAAGCCCAAAGUACGAUGCUGCAGUCAGAGGAGAGGUGGGCUGCAGCAGUAUCCUCAGCUACCUCUUCUCACUGCCAGUGACUCCAUCUUAGAAUACCUUUGGAGAGCAGCAGGAAAUGCGCAUGUGGGCAGGGACCAAGGAGGCCAUGGCUCCAAGCUGUGCCAUAGGGCUGCCUCCAGGGACACAGAAGGGCUGGCUGCCUAUUGCCACAGGUCCCUGCUCUGUGUCACCUUUCUGUCCUUCAUUAAGGUGACAAAUCCACAGACAAUGUCAUUAAGAUCAGUUUUCAAGGGUA